AUGUCCCUUGCAUCGCAACGUGUUCUGUCGCUACCUAAAAGAAACUCGGCUUUGAGAGCAGCUAAAGCGCUGCUAGAGUCCUCACGCGACAAGACUUGGCAGCAAUUGGUCACUCCAUAUUUGCACACGUUUCAAGGUCUUCCAUAUUGUGAAAGAUUAACUUCACGGGAACUCGAAAGAAGUGCCAUGUCGUACCGUGAUUCCAUGCGUAUCUACCGUAGUCGUUCGGUGGAUCUCGGCUUUUUGUCGAGGGAAAGCUAUUUGGCACAAUGGAAUCGUGAGCGAACACCAGUACACAAUCAGGAACGAUAUAUGAGCCAUCUGAGGCGCAGUUUCACCCCAGUCCGAGAAAUUGCUGGUGUUGAGUCUAUUCCUGACCGACGCUACCCUCCAUCAGCAUAUCGUGCGCGUACACCGUUAGCAAUGGUGACCACACCAUACCAUACCAACAUACAGUAUCGUGCCGAGGAUCAGCCGUUCCGUAAAUACGAUAUUUUCGGUUUGCGCACGUGGAGUUAUCCGAUCUACAAAUACAUAUAUGGACGAAAUCAAGACCAUCGACGACCAUAUUCGUAUAACUCAUUUCAACGGACGUACGGUACAACAUCGCUCUACACACCACCGCAAUUAACGCCAGAAAGUCGGCCAAUAACGACUCGACGAGGGUAUUCCGGUUACACAUAUUUGGCGAAUGAGACAAACUACGAUAUUGCAAGUCAACCGAGAAGCCUUAAAAACUACAUGUACACAAGAACGUAUCUAGGAACAGUCACCGCCCCAUCGUAUUGGUCCUACUACGGUAAUAGCUCAUUGCGUCAUUUCAACAGCUACCGUCCGGUCAUCCACACGCCAUCAACUGCGAUAUGGCACCGAUACUACUGA